AUGGGUUGUGGGAAGAAAGUUGUUGAUGCUGUUUUGUUCUUCUUCUUAGUGACAUUGGCCGUGAUUACGCCCAUCUUCGAUGCCGAAUCCGUGUUGCCAAAGGAGGUGUUACCGAAAUUUCUAGUUGAUUUGAAGCUCACUUACGGUAGAGAAUUUGGGGAUUAUCUUGUUUUAGAGAAGCCCGCUUUCUUCGUCGGGUUAACAUGGUUUGAUAUUUUAGUUGUUUGGCCACUUUCCCUUCUCAACCUUUUUGCUAUUCUUGCCUCCAAAUCUUGGUUCUCGAAAACCUCAUUGAUCCAAGGCGUCGCCGUCUUCACUUCAAUGAUACCUAUAUUGGCAGAUAUGCAUCUAUCGGGAAAGGCAAAUCAGAAUAUGCAGAUGGUUUACUACCCUUUCUUGGCUUUCUCCGUUUUAGCCAUUCUAAGGGGACUGCUGCCUUGUACUCCAACUCCUCCUCCUGCUAAAAAGAAGAGGGUUUGA